UGGUGAAUGGUGAUUACAUCCGCCUCUCUGGUGGACUUUGACAGGAUAACGCAUGCAGUAUCUCAAACUAUCUGUGCCUCGGAGAUACGGAUGUCGAAGAGACGUAUGGUAAAGUUGGUAUGGUCACCCAAUAGUUUACCUUAACAUCCAGGAUAUGACGGGGUUUGACUUGGCCAGUCGCCUUACCCACCAGAUAUCAAGGUGUCACGGACAACGUUCCAUCGGAAUGAACGUUAAACGCUUCAUCAUCAUCGGCAUCCUUUCGCUGGUACUACUGGUCAUCAUGGUCACUCAGCUGUCGACAUUCGGAACAAACCCGCACAGACAACACAAACUCGAAACAUCAACUACGAUUCAACCACUAAUUCAACAACCAGUCAUUGUUGCAACAAAAUGGCCACCGUUGUACUUUGACCCGAAUAAUUUCUAUGGAGAUAGGCGCCUACUUCAAUAUAAGAGUCAUUUUGUGCCCAAAGAAAAGAGAGUAACUCCACUAGACUUUAAAUUCCUGAUUCCAGGUGAAAAAGUAUGUGCCGGCAAAGGAGGACCGACAUUGCUGGUGAUGGUGAUGUCACUUCCGGACAACUCCGCAGAGCGUCAAGCUAUCCGUGACACGUGGGGUUGUCUUGCAUCCGGACACCCGUGGCCGGGCGGCGAAACCAUUAAUGGGACGAUGAAGGUCAUCUUCGUUUUUGGAAACACAGGGAACAAAAACCACAACAAACUGUUACGGUCAGAAUCAAUAAUAAAGGGCGACAUAGUACAAAGUGAUUUUAAAGAAUCCUACGUUCAUUUGACUUAUAAAGUGUUGAUGGGUUACAAAUGGGCUCAGCAAUACUGCCCUGGCACCAAGUUCAUCAUGAAGGUAGAUGAGGAUACGUUUUUCCACGUUCCUUUUGUAUUCAGUCUUUUUGAGAAACAGAGCUGGAAUAAUACAAUAUAUGGACCAUUUUUCAAAGUAGACAAUGUAUCUCGGGCUAAAAAGUUCCGGGUGGAACCAGCCGCCUACGCUCCCCCUCUGUAUCCGCCCCACGUAAAGGGCAACCUUUAUUUUAUGCCUUCGGAACUUGCCUUUAAGAUAGCCAAGGUGGCGGAAUACAUGCCGUAUGUGAACAUUGAAGAUGCAUACAUUACCGGCGUCUUAGCCAAAAUAUUUGAUGCCAGACAUGUGGGUAUUGAUAAAUUAGUGUACCAUUUACGGAAACCAGCUAAAGCUUGUGAUAUUGCAUCUAAAAAGAAAAUGAUUUCACAACAAAUAACUGCGAGUGUAUUCUACUUGAUAUGGGAUCGUAUCCGAUUCAAAGAAUUGUGCACAAAUGGGCCAUUCAUAUGAGUCAUCUUUGGUGCGGAAAACGAUAAACGUGUUAUUAACACUGCCUUACUGCUGUUAAUGGCCAUCAAGGAAACAGGUGUUGGUACUUUGCAAGGACAAGAACAAAAGAACAAGAACCGUGUUACCAUUUGUGUCUAAGCAAUAUUAUAUGGCCCGAUUCUGGUCUCGUUGCCAUGGUUUCGUAUCCCCCCAAGAAAAAAACAAACAAAAACAACAACAAACUAAAACAACAAAAACAAACCAAACAAAAACAAAACACAACAAAAACAACAACAAAAAUAAAGUACCCGGGAUCGCUAGAGUUGUGUCUGUGCAUGAUUAUAUAUCCUAUAAAUCUAGUCUCGUUGUCA